GUAAAGUCAAGCAAAGGAACGAUGAUGGGGAGUACGAGCAGCCUUUGCCAAAAGCAAGAAGGAACAUAUUCAUUUCGCAGAAGUUGAAAGUGGCUGACUUCUACUUGCGAAAAAAGAAGGAGAACGAUGAAGGCCAGCUACCACCAAAGACCAACCCCGAGAGACUAUGCAGGGAAGAGUUCCCAGAUCUGGUCGGCAAAGUCACUCCGCUUAAGUGGGUGCAUGCUGCAGCUCGGGAGAAGUGGAGAGACAUCCCGAGCGCAUUGGCAUCCAGACUGCUCAUCACGCCCAAUACUUGGAGAGAGAAAGUUGGGUGUGCGCGACGUGCUCGCAGCCAUGGAUCAUCAGUCCCACAUGAGCUACAAGUGGAAUUAGGCCACUUGAUUGCCGAACACUGUCAAGGACUGAGUGAAGUGACAGAGCGGAAGGAAGUGGUGACUCCAGAUCAAGCUACAACGAUCCAGAGCCUCAUUGAAGACUGGAACAGCAAUUUGACAAGCAUUGCAGAUCAGGUCCAAGAGUGGAACGAUGAGAUCCGCUCAAAGCUCCAAGAGAAGAAGAUAUCUCCAGGCUAUCGCCGCCUACGUUUCCAAGCCAAUAGAAGUCCAGAUCCCUUCCAAGCGCUGGUGUUCCUG